GGUAUAUUCCUGACUUAAAAAGACUGGAGAAUGAACAACUAAACGACACGGGAAUCUCACCUGUUUAUUGCAAAAUUUUGCUAGGUCAGAAUUUUUUUUUUAGCGUUUGCUUAUGGUCAUAAAAAUGUAAAUACGGCCUUUUUUACUGACCAGGCAUUUGUUGUAAUGGGAUUUUUCUAUACAUAAAUUUAAAAGGAUUUUUAAAAGGCUUUGUGCUUGCGCUGGACAGCAGUGAGUAAAGGAAGGAAGUAAAGUCUAACAAAAUUUCAUUCAGAGUCAAAGGACAGUACACGACUUGCUGAGCCACGAUACAUUAUGGGGUCCAAAGAAAUGUCUCAAGGGCGUUUGAUAAUCAUCGCCACUUUUCUCAUCAUCGCCUGUAUUAUUGCCCUCGGACUUGGCCUCGGGUUUGUGCUAACUAGAGACAAGGAUUCCAGCCAAACACCUUGUGGAGAACAAGGGACGGAAUCGGGAACCUCCUCCACAGGGUCGCCACCCACCACCACCACCAAACCCGCUCCGGAGGGAACCCCAUCAAUCGAGGGUCAUUAUCGAUACGCUGCCAUUGCAUCCGAUACCGGAACCUGCGCACAAAUCGGCACAGAUAUCAUGGGUCGGCGACAAGGGACCGUGGUAGAUGCUGCUAUCGCCACCAUUCUUUGUCAGUGUGUAGAUAACAGUCACAGUUGUGGUAUUGGAGGAGGGCAUUUCAUGACUGUAUACAAUAGGGCAAAUAACACAGCCUACACAAUCAUAGCCCGCGAGAUGGCGCCAGGGGGAGCAACAGAAGAAAUGUAUGUGCCAGAGAAUAAAUCUUCAACGGAAGGUGGUUUAGCCAUAGGAGUACCAGGUGAAAUUAAAGGAUUGUAUGAAGCUUGGAAAAUUGGCGGCAAACUUCCCUGGAAAGAUUUGUUUCAGCCAACCAUAAAGAUGCUAAGAGAGGGAUGGAGGGUGAGCCAGCCUCUGGCGUACGCCAUUUCUCGUCAAACGACAGUGUUACUUAGACAGAGAAACUUAAGAGAUGUCCUCACAAACCCGGAAACCGGACGACCAUACAACGAAGGAGAAAUCAUCAAAAUGCCUAAACUGGCCAACACGUUUGAAGCCAUUGCCAACGAUCCACACGCAAUGUACAACGGUUCCCUGGUCGAUAACAUCGUAGAGGAUAUUCGGGAAGCAGGUGGGAUUAUUACAAAAGAAGACCUUAAGAACUAUGUAGCAGUUGUGAAGGAGCCAUUAGUUGUAAAACUUAAGGACAAUUCUACCAUCUUUACGCCACAACCGCCAUCUAGCGGAGCAGUGUACGCCAUGAUUCUCCAAAUUGCAGACGGAUACGGAUUUAAUCCUGAUAGUGUCUCAACCACUGAAAAGUCGACAUUAACCUGGCAUAGAAUCGUAGAAGCCAUGAAGUUUGCUUAUGCAAAGAGAAGUAGUCUUGGGGACCCAGACAAAGAGAGUCAAAGUUUCAAGGAAAAUAUCGAUUCGUUGAUUAAUAAUAUGACGUCAUCAACCUAUGCCAAAUAUGUUCGAUCUUUGAUAUCUGAUACUUCUACACAUGACACCAUGUACUACGGGCCGACAUUUUACGACCAGUCAAAAACGGGGACGUCACAUUUAGCAGUUCUGGCGCCAAAUGGUGAUGCUGUCUCACUCACCAGUACAAUAAAUCUUUAUUUUGGUUCAAAAGUGGUCGGAAGCAGAACAGGGAUAUUUUUUAAUAAUGAAAUGGAUGACUUCUCUACACCGAACACAACCAACUCAUUUGGUGUUCCGGCCUCGGCGGCGAAUUUUAUCAAGCCAGGUAAAAGACCACUGUCUUCCAUGUGCCCUAGCAUAGUGGUGGAUUCAGAUGGUCACGUGAAGUUAGUGGUGGGAGCUUCCGGUGGAACUAGAAUUACAACAUCCACGGCUUUGGUUAGCAUUGAAACUUUGUGGUUCAAGUAUGGAAUUAAGAAAUCAAUAGAUCACAAACGACUGCAUCAUCAGCUGUUGCCAGCAUACAUCACAGUGGAAAACGGAUUUGACCAGCAAGUGUUAGAAGGGUUGAAGAAUAUUGGUCACAACAUCAGUAUGUCGGACUCCGCCGGUUCAGUAGUACAGGGCAUUUUACAGUUGGAGGAAGGAAAGAUAAGCGCCAAUGCCGACUAUAGAAAGCGAGGAGUUCCGGAUGGUUAUUAGUACCCUUCCCAGUAUUCCAUUUGCGUACUCUCAACGUUUUCCAAGAAGAAGGGUCUAAACCAUUUUCAGUAAUUUUUUUGGUGAAUAAAUUUAAUCAAUUUUCAUUUCUAUGUAUUUAAUAUUCGGUGUAAAAUUAAAUUAUUUGAAUUUUUGUAGCUUUAUCAAAUAAAUCAACAAUUACUGCCUGAGAUAACCCAAUAAAGAAGGUGCCAUAAAACUGCAAUCCCAAUAUGAGUAUGUUAUAGAAUAGAUAGAGGCCAAUCUAAUUUAAAUCAGAUCUUUGAAGAGGUCCAACUAGAUCGCUACACGAUACAAAAUUGAUUGGGUAAGGACGCAUUGCUAUAAGUAACAAUUGGAAAAUACAAAGAUAUAAAACGAGACACAGCACUUUUUUUUGAAAGAUUUCUUUUUUUCACUAAGUGGGAUUGUAGCCUUCUGGUGGCCCAUCCGAUUUUUUUAGGCCUACAGUCACCACUAUUAUAUAUACAUGUUAAAAGAUUUAAAUUAAUAUUAUAUUUAUCAUUUAUUCCAAGCUCUAUGAUUGGCUCAAACUUGAUCAAAUGAUUAAGUAUAUAACAGCAUAAAGACGAGUUACUAUUUAUAGAAUCUGAAAUGCAUAUCGACUUGGUGUUUCUUUUAAAAAUGGAGAUAAUUUUCUAUAAAACAAAAAAAGUACUGAUUUCACAAUUAUAGCUAAUACAGAAUAUGACUUGAUGUUUCUGAAAAUAUUUAUUUCAACUUGUAUUAUUUUUUUUCAUGUUCCGUAAUUGAUGAGACAUAACAAUGCCCUGAAGCCUUGAAUUAUGAUAUACUUUAUAUUAAAACAUAUUGGAUAUGCUUGUCAAAAAUUGAUACAAAACGUAAUCAAAUAAAUUAUUUUGAAUAAGUAAAUUCGAUCCUCUAAAUUACUCCAUUAAUAUAAAGAAAACACAUUAACUUUAAAUAGCUUAUUUUAUGUUGAUCUCUAAUCUCUAAGUUCUAAAGAGGGAAAACUUGUGUCUUGUUCCCAUUGUUCUCACAUUUUGUUUGUCAAUCUAUGUGAAAAAUAAUAUAAUAAAUGUAGCCCUUUGAUUCGGUCGAUCCAUAGAUAUAUCGACUUCACAGAAAAGCAUAUCGACCUUGCACUUCGUGCUCGGUCGAUAUGCUUUUCUAUCUAUGGAUCGACCGAAUCAAAGGGGUAUAUUUAUAUAAUAUCUAGCUCACAAAGUCCAACAUUUACAAUGUAUAUACAUGUACAUGUGAACAAUUUCUUUAAAAAUGUGUAUUACCUUUUAUAUCUAGCUCAUAAAAUAUACAAGAAUUGUUUUUAAGUUAUUACGAAUAAUUUUACGAAUGUUUAUUAUUUUAAAAAUAUAAAUUUAUUUUUAUACGCUAUAUGUUUCUUUGUAUAUGGAGUCUAUUUUUAGUUAGAAUUCCAUUUUAAUAGAAUGCAAUAUCUACAUACUUGUAUGUACGUGUUAUAUGUAUGGACUUUUGAAUUUUUACAUAGUUUAUUAAUAUAAAUAUUAAAUAAAUGUAUAAUAAAAUUUAUAAUCUAUUUACAUGUUUACGAUAUGUAAUAUUAUGUGGAAUGAACGUAUUUUUUUUUAACUUAUCGAUAACUUUAAUUCAUAUUUUAAAGUAUUUUUUUCUUGAUUUUCCAAAUAAUAAGUUGUACAUAUUUACCCAGUAUAUAAACAAAUGAUAAACAUUACACAAUGUCAUCCUCUCUUUCAUUCCUCGUAUUUGCAAUAUGUACAGAUUUAAUUGAUUAUUCAUUUUAUGUGUCAGUGACUCAGCGUACUUAAAAUCCACAUUCUGUGCAUCAUCUAUUUACUUUUAAAGAUAUAUUCAUUUCAAAUGAAUACUUGAAUUAAACAUUCUAAAAAUAAAAUGUUAUUAUCGCUAUUACUUGGCUUAUGUACAUGUGUAUUAUAUUUAAUGCAUCAACUUUUAUCCCAAGCAUGAUGAACAGUUAUAGAAGUUUCACUAGACUUCGAUUUCCUUGAAACUUUUCACUCAAGGCCCCAAAUAAGGCAUAGGUUUCAAAUACAAUUUUUAAAGUGGAUUUUUGCGGUCCAGAAGAAUGGAUUAUCCUUCUUUAUUCAAUUUUUACAGUUAGGGUGUCUACAAUUUCCUUUUAAUUAUGGUCGGUUUGUGACAAACGUAACUAUGUAACUACAUGUACAUGUACUUCUGAACGAUGAUAAAAUUGUUCUUCAAAAAGUAGACAAUUUUGGUUAUUAAAGACACUCCCAUUUUUGCAUUUUUGCCAAA